AUGGAUGGUGACAAAUCUCCCUAUUUGGAUGAAGACAUGUUUCUCGUAGACAAUAUGGAGCAAACCAAUUUCUUUCUUGAGAGUGCUAAUUCCAACAUUAAUAUUGAUAAUGUUUGUGUUACCACAAUUCAAGAGAACAUGCUCAACAAUAGUAAUACUUCCAACUCCCUCAUUUCUCAAGAAUAUAACUAUGCUUCUAAUUCACAACAAGAACCUUCUCAAUACAUUUUAUCUUUUGAAAAGUCAAUUGUUGAACUUUCACCUAAUAGUGCCAUUGCCACAUGUUCUUCUAUUAUGGGCCAAAAAACAACUUUGAAUAACAAUGUGAGUGAAUUACCAAAGGCAAAGGAAAGAACCAAGAGUUUUAGAAGCUCAUCUGAGACACAAGAUCACAUCUUGGCUGAGAGAAAAAGGAGACAAGUUAUUACUGAGAGGUUCAUAGCACUAUCUGCCAUCAUUCCGGGAUUGAAGAGAACUGACAAGGCCUACAUACUUCGAGAAGCCAUCAAUUAUGUGAAACAACUUCAAGAAAAAGUAAAAGAUUUGGAGAAUCCUAACAAAAUGAAAAAAGGAGAUUCAUUAAUAUUCAUAAAAAAUUCCCAAGCUUCCACAACAGAGGAAACCACUUCAUGUGAAGAGAAAAUUGAUAAUAGUAAGAAAGAACUACCAAAGGUUGAAGCAAGAGUCAUAGAGAAGGAAAUUCUAAUUGAAAUCCAUUGUGAGAAACAAAAGGAUAUUGUGGUCAGAUUAAUGGUCUUGCUUCAAAAUCUUCAUCUAUCACUUGCUUGUAGUAGUGUAUUGCCAUUUGGAAAUUCCAUUCUAAAAGUUACAAUAAUUGCUCAGAUGAACGAUGAAUACUGCAUGACCAUGAAUGAUCUGGUUAAAACUCUGAGGCAAGAUCUCUUGGAGUCACAUGACAAUCAAAAGUAUAUUUUCAAGAGGGUCCAAUAAAAUCUCUAAUUCUUGUUUAUUUGGCUUUGAAGUUUGAAGAAAAUUUUGUUUGGUUUCUUUCAAAUAAUUAAAGCUAUGAUGAGAAUUUCUUUGUAAUGAAUUUGGGAGGAGUCUAUUGAAAGAGUAAAAAAAAAAGAGAGCCAGAUGGAGGUGAGAUUUGGUGUGAAUACUAAGCAUAUUAUUUUAUUUUACUUUUUAAAUUGUGAGCAAAAUUAUUCUUUACUUUUGCAAAUAGACUGAAAAUUGAAGGAGAAUAAAGUGGUUAUACCAUGAACAUUGCAAACACUUUUGUUAAUCAUUAUGA